CCAAGGAGGAACUAUGGUGCCCACACUCCUGGACAAUGAGAUACAGGAGGUGGGAAUAGCUGGAGUUGCAUAACCCAGUGGAGAAGUGGGUUCAGCAUCAAAAGUUGUGUUAGAGUGUACACUGAAACAGACUCUGGAUAGACCAGGACCAUGGAGGCUAGUGUCCUGCUCCUCCUUGCUGUCGUCCUGAGCUUCUUUCUCCUCCUGGUCAGGGGCCAUGCAAAGGUCCAUGGUCAUCUUCCACCAGGACCCCAACCCCUACCACUCUUGGGGAACCUCUUGCAGAUGGACAGAAGUGGCUUCCUUAAGUGGUUCAUUCAGCUUCGAGAAAAACAUGGAGAUGUGUUCACAGUGCACUUGGGACAGAGGCCUGUUGUUGUGUUGUAUGGGACACAGACAAUAAGGGAGGCUCUGGUGGACCAUGCUGAGGCUUUUUCUGGCCGGGGGACAAUUGCUGCAGUUCAGCCAAUUAUGCAGGACUAUGGUAUAGUCUUUGCCAAUGGAGAACGCUGGAAGACUUUUCGUCAAUUCUCCCUGGCGACUAUGAGAGACUUUGGGAUGGGAAAGCAGAGUGUGGAGAAGAGGAUGCAGGAGGAGGCCCGAUCUGUGGUGGAGGAACUGAAGUCAUAUCAGGGAGCUCCCCUGGAUCCCACCUUCCUCUUCCAGUGCAUCACAGCCAACGUCAUCUGCUCCAUUGUUUUUGGAGAGCGCUUUGACUACACAGACCACCAGUUCCUGCGCCUGCUGGAGCUGAUACAGCAGAACUUUACACUCUUAAGUUCAAUUUCCAACCUGAUAUUUGAGCUCUUCUCUAGCUUCCUGAAGUACUUUCCUGGUACCCACAGACAAAUCUCCAAAAACCAACGGGAAAUCCUCAACUUCAUCAGCCAAAGUGUGGAGAAGCACAGGACCACCUUGGACUCCAGCACUCCACGAGACUUCAUUGAUACCUUCCUUUUGCGCAUGGAGAAGGAGAAGUCAAACCAUAAUACAGUGUUCCAUCACCAGAACCUUAUGGUGUCUAUACUCAAUCUCUUCUUUGCUGGAACUGAGACUACCAGCACCACCCUCCGCUAUGACUUCCUGAUCAUGCUCAAGUACCCCCAUGUCACAGAGAAAGUGCAAAGGGAGAUUGAUCAGGUGAUUGGCUCACACCGGCUACCCACCCUUGAUGACCGCACCAAAAUGCCAUACACUGAUGCAGUCAUCCACGAGAUUCAGAGAUUUUCAGAUAUUUCCCCUCUCGGUGUGCCACACAGAGUCACCAAAGACACCAUGUUCCGAGGGUACCUGCUCCCCAAGAACACUGAGGUGUACACUGUCCUGAGUUCAGCUCUCCAUGACCCAUGAUACUUUGAAAAACCAGACACCUUCAAUCCUGAGCACUUCCUAGAUGCCAAUGGGUCACUGAAGAAAAGUGAAGCUUUUAUGCCUUUCUCUGCAGGAAAGCGCAUUUGUCUUGGCGAAGGCAUUGCCCGCAACGAAUUGUUCAUUUUCUUCACCACCAUCCUCCAGAAUUUCUCUGUGUCAGGCCAUGUUGCUCCUGAGGACAUUGACCUCACUCCCAAGGAAAUUGGUAUUGGAAAAAUACUGCCAACAUACCAGAUCUGCUUCUUAGCCCGCUGAUUGGGCUGA